AUGGGGAGCCUAAAACAAUUGGUUUAUUUGAAUUUGUCAUCAAACAUGCUUAAUGGUCCAAUUGAUUCUAUUCCGUGGGAAAAUCUUGUUAAUCUGAUAGAUCUCCGCUUGUACAACAAUCUACUCGAGGGGAGUAUUCCAUCCUCUAUCUUUGCUCUUCCCUUACUGAAAUUUUUACUAUUUUCCCACAAUCAAUUCUCUGGUCAACUCCAUGAAUUUUCUGACGCUUCUUCCUCUUACUUACUCAGCCUUGAUUUGAGUUCCAACAAUUUGGAAGGACUAAUAUCCUCGUCUAUCUUUAAUUUUCACGCACUUGAAAGCCUUAAUCUUUCUUCAAACAAUUUCAGUGCCUUUCCUUUCAAUGGUCCCCAACAGCUGAAAAAUCUUAAUGAAAUUGAUCUUUCGUACAAUAGCUUGCUGUUUUUUUAUAAUGGCACCACUUCCUCAUAUUCCUCAUUUCCAAAUAUCGUUCGUUUAAAUUUGACUUCUAACAAGUUGAGAACAAUUCCAGAUUUCUUGAGAUAUCAAUCCGGUUUAGUCAAGUUGGACCUUUCACAAAACCAAAUUCAAGGCAUGAUACCUAAAUGGAUUUGGGGGCUCGAUCUUUUCUCCCUAAAUCUUUCUUGUAACUCCUUUUCAGGUCAUGUACCUAAUUUCACUACUUCUGUUGUUGACCUUCAUUCAAACCAGCUCCAGGGGCCACUCCCAUCACUAACUGCAGAGUUUAUGGAUUACUCAAGAAAUCAUUUCAGCUCUAGUAUACCAACUGACAUUGGUGAUUCCCUUUUCUUCUUAUCGCUUUCAAGCAAUAACUUGCAUGGGAUCAUUCCAACAUCGAUAUGCAAUCCCCGUUUUCUUCAGGUUCUUGAUCUGUCCAAUAAUUCUCUGAGUGGCAUGAUUCCCCGAUGCUUGUCUGCAAAAGAAUCCCUUGGAGUACUUAAUUUAAGGGGAAACAACCUUACUGGACGUGUUUCUAAUUUAGAAUUUCCAGGUUGGUGUUCCCUCAGCACUCUAGACCUCAGUGAAAAUCAGAUAAAAGGUAACAAAGGAUUAUGGGGACCUCCUUUGACGGUGGAUAACAAAGCAGGAUUGCCACCACCACCAACAGUGAAUGGAAGGCCUCCAAAUUCUGGACAUCAUCGUGAGGUGAAUUGGGAUCUUAUCAGUACCGAAAUUGGAUUUAUAUUUGGCUUUGGAGUUUCCAUUGGGUCACUUGUGUUAUGCAAGAGAUUGAGUAAGUGGUAUUACAGAGCUAUGUACAAUAUCAUUCUCAAGAUAUUCCCUCAGCAGGAAAGAAUUGGUAUUCAUCGAAGACAUGUUCACAUAAAUCGAAGGUGGAGACGUUGA